AGUCAUAGAACUUCUAGAGUCAAAGAGAGGAAAGACAAAACGACAAUAUACUCAUAUAUAAAGCCGCUGUUUACAAUAUUACUGUAAAAAAAAGAAUAUAUUUGUUGCAAAGUUCUACAUUAUGGUUUUAUUUACGAAAGACGGGACAUUUUAAAAGAAGUCAUAUAACUAGAUAUACCGGGCAGUCUCUUUAAGACGUAGGGUGUUAUUUUUUUUUUUACAAGUGAAAGGAAGGUAGAAAUGAAGGUUAUUUCAGGCGGUGGACACUCCAACACAGAGAGAGCUGCUGCCUUUAAAAGCAAGUUUAUUUUUGGUGUCUUGACAUUAGAGCUCAUCUGUCAUGGCUGCCACUCUACUGUGUGAAUUUCCAUGUUGUUCGUCUUCUUCCUCCCAGUGAUGGAUACUCUUUCAUAGCAACGCGAGGCACACAACUGUUGAUCUCUCCAUCAUGACGAAAGAAGAAGAGAUCCCUGACUGGGUGGGUGCCCAGGAGUUCUAUGACAAGUAUGACCCCAAGGAGAUUCUGGGAAGGGGAGUAAGCAGUGUGGUGCGUCGCUGCGUCGACAAACGGACGUCUCAGGAGUACGCCGUGAAGAUCAUCGACAUCACCCUUUCAGACAAGACGACCCCGCAGGAGAUCGAGGAGAUCCGGGAUUCAACGGUGAAGGAGAUCGACAUCCUCAAGAAAGUGUUUGGACAGGAGAACAUCAUACAGCUAAAAGACUGUUAUGAAUCCAAUGCCUUCUACUUCUUGGUUUUUGACCUGAUGAGGAGGGGGGAACUUUUUGAUUACCUCACAGAGAAAGUGACUCUGAGUGAGAAGGAAACAAGGAAGAUCAUGCGUGCUCUGCUGGAAGUGGUUCAGUUUCUCCACGACCAGCACAUCGUCCAUCGAGAUCUCAAGCCUGAGAACAUCCUUCUGGACGACGAGAUGAACAUCAAACUCACCGACUUUGGCUUCGCCGUGCAAAUCCAAUCAGGACAGAAACUCAAAGAGGUGUGUGGGACUCCCGUUUAUCUGGCUCCCGAGAUCAUUGAGUGCUCCAUGGACUCAGAACAUGAUGGAUAUGGAACUGCUGUGGACAUAUGGAGCGCUGGGGUGAUCAUGUACACACUGCUGGCCGGCUCGCCGCCCUUCUGGCACAGGAAACAGAUGCUGAUGCUGCGUAUGAUCUUAGCCGGGAGUUACGACUUCUCAUCGCCCGAGUGGGAAGACCGCUCAGACACUGUCAAGGAUUUGAUCUCUCGGAUGCUUGUGGUGGACCCCAAGAAGCGUUACUCUGUCAUCGACGCGCUCAAUCAUCCCUUCUUCUCCCAGUAUGUCGUGCACGAAGUCAGACAGUUCAGUCCAUACAGGAAGUUCAAGGUCAUCUGCAUGACGGUGUUGGCCUCCAUGCGCAUCUACUGCAACUACCGCAGAGCCAAGCCCGUCACCAAGGAGGUGAUGAAGAGCGAUCCGUACGCACUCAAGCCCAUCCGCAAGCUCAUCGACGCGUGCGCCUUCAAGAUAUACGGCCACUGGGUCAAGAAGGGCCAGACGCAGAACCGAGCGGCUCUUUUCGAGAACACGUCCAAGGCCAUCCUGCUGUCCAUGGCGGCGGAUUCGGACGGGCCUGUCCAUCCCCUCUGGUAAAGACAAAAUGGUCCUCUCGGCAGCGCUGGAAAAUUGUGUGAAUUUUACGUGGAGGAAAGAACGGUGAGGCACCAACCACUUAAGGAGGCUAACAAUAGGUAAACAAUAAUCAUGUCUGUCACUUAUUUAACAAAACAAACUGACACGAUAGUUUGCCCACCCAUAAAUAAACAGGAUCAUAUUCGUGUCUUUAUCACUAAAGCUGUUUUUGAACAGUAAAUUUAUGUAACUGAAAUUUUUGCGUUUUUUUUUUUUUUACGUCAAAUUAUGCUGACAAUUUCAUUGUUUAAAAAUGUAUUUUGUUAUAAUGUAAUGUUUUAAAAUUUAGCGUCAAAACAUUUGGUGCAGAAAUAUUUGUUGCUUCAGAGCUCAAGACCCACUUCUGGUAAAUUGGCACUGAAGCGCCUCAUUGGCUGCUUCUGAGACACGAUCGAUUGUUUCUGUCUUAAAGGGGAACUGCACUUUUUUAUAUUUUGCUGUUCACAAUCAUUAUGAAAGACAUGACGAAUGAUGUAUAAGUAUUUUUUUACUUUCUAACUCAGGCCUGUGCAAUUAUUUUGACUCGGGGGCCAAAUUUAGAGAAAAAAAUGGUGUCAAGGGGCCGCUAAAUAUGAUUUUUAGGAACACUAAUACAAAACUUCACAAUAAUGUCUGAAUGCUAAAAACGUUAUGACAGACCGCCUUAAAAAACUGUAUUGAAUUUUUAUUUUUUUUUACUGAAUGAGACACCCAAAAUGUACAUGAAAAUAGAGAAUGUUGGAUUUACAAUAUUAACUAUGAAGGAUAAAACACUGAAUAUUGACAACAUAUGAACGUCACACCACCCUUCAAUCGGCAUAUUUUACAAUCAAGCGAAAAAUUAAACAAACACAGCAAAAUAUGAACGCAAAGGAUAAAAACAAAACAAAAAAACACCUGCAAUCUGAUAGUAAUAUUUAGAACUUUCUUGUAAAAAUCUGUAAUUUAGAUUACCAUAGUAACGCGCAGAUUCCAACCAUUGAAAUACUUUGUAUAGUUCAAGACUUACGGUCAUUUGAAAACAUCACUGCAUAUUAUGAUGGCUGCUUCAGUUUUGAUCUUAAAGAUCUAAAAAAAAUAUUUGGGAAUGUCCGGCGGGCCAGAUUGAAAAGCUUAACGGGCCGCAUGUGACCCCCGGGCCUUAAUUUGCCCAGGUCUGUUGACAUGAUCGACUGAUGAGCUGCUUCCUCAUUUCCUUGUUCGUCAAACUUUAAAUCCAUCCAUUCAUCCAUCAUCUUCCGCUUAUCCGAGGUCGGGUCGCGGGGGCAACAGCCUAAGCAGGGAAACCCAGACUUCCCUCUCCCCAGCCACUUCGUCUAGCUCUUCCCGGGGGAUACCGAGGCGUUCCCAGGCCAGCCGGGAGACAUAGUCUUCCCAACGUGUCCUGGGUCUUCCCCGUGGCCUCCUACCGGUUGGACGUGCCCUAAACACCUCCCUAGGGAGGCGUUCGGGUGGCAUCCUGACCAGAUGCCCGAACCACCUCAUCUGGCUCCUCUCGAUGUGAAGGAGCAGCGGCUUUACUUUGAGUUCCUCCCGGAUGACAGAGCUUCUCACCCUAUCUCUAAGGGAGAGCCCCGCCACACGGCGGAGGAAACUCAUUUUGGCCGCUUGUACCCGUGAUCUUAUCCUUUCGGUCAUGACCCAAAGCUCAUGACCAUAGGUGAGGAUGGGAACGUAGAUCGACCGGUAAAUUGAGAGCUUUGCCUUCCGGCUCAGCUCCUUCUUCACCACAACGGAUCGGUACAACGUCCGCAUUACUGAAGACUUUAAAUGUAGAUCAUAAAUCAUACCUUUCACCUGCAUAAUAGAAGGAUAAGGAUGUAAUCUGACAAGUUGGUACACUUUAACAGCCAACUUAAACUCGGAAAUGGUAAGAACGACACAAAAAGCCGUUUGGUUCCUUUUCUUUGCGAGGAUUGAGUAAUUUUUCAUUUCAAUGGGAAUAUGUGAACAUCCUAGCAGUCUGCAUCUUAAUGACAACAGACAUUGUACUGUAAGUGAUGUUUUAUUGUUUGUUGGCACUCAAAUUCUGCAGUGAGUAAUCAAUCAGUGAUUUAGUGGGGGGGAAGCAAAUGUCAGGAUGCAUUUAAUUGAAUUAAUGUGCCGCGUAUGCUUACAAUGAUCAAAAUACAUGAAUAUCAAAUGUUAUUACAAAUGUGCCUGUUAGUACAUUACAUAUAUACUUACAUAUUGUGUAUAAAUCCUUAAUGUAGGUGUUUUUACGAGCUUUGUAGGUAGAAUAGAGCGGCUCCUGUAGGCUCCAUUGUAAGCAGACUUUUGAUCGCACUUAUUUACUAUUUAGAAUGCAUUAGAAAAAAAAUACAUCUGUCAUGAUUGUAAAGAGGCAAAAUUCCAAAAAAGUGCAAUUCCCCUUUUUAAGUUUUAAAACAAAAAUUUCUCCAUUUUUUUUUUACACUGAAAAUUUCUGAACUGAAUUUUCAUAGUGAUUUUUUUUCUCAACAAAUUUUACACACAUUAUUUUUUAAAUACACAUUUUGCUCGCGAUUUUUUAUUCAAUGGAAAAAAAAAAUGUGUUCAAAAAUUCAAAUGCAGAAACAUCAGUUACAUUUACUGUGUCAAACCAUACAGAAGUGCUAAGAAAUUGUUCAACGUUUUUGUCCGGCUGUAACAUUACCCAACCCCUGAUAUAAGACUGCCAAGAUCAAAACUUUAAAACUCUUUAGAUUUAAUCACAAUAAGAAACGAUUAUCAAAAGUAGAAACAAUUGCAUUUGGAUGUGUCAUUUUAGUUUUUAAUUCAUGCUGAGUAGUAAAUAUAAAUUGCCAUUUGCUGAAAUGCAUAGGGACCUGUCAAUAAGCACGAUCACCACUCGUCUUGCUAGUUUUAACUUGUAUCUUAUCAGACUUGUUUUGGAAAACCAUAUUCAAAUUAUUUGGACAGUGUUUGAUGUAACUGUCCGAUGAACUGAGCCAUCACUGUGUUGUGUACACUAUUUACUUUCAUACACGCAAUCAUUUAACACCCAUCAUCAUGUGAAAAUAAAAUGUAGCGUCUUUUGACGGCAAAUAUUAAAGCUUUUAUUAUUCCUUGCUCUUUUGAUCGCCUUUAGCUUCUCGUGUUUAAUUCAGCCAACAAAGAAUAUGUAAAGAGCAUGAAGGAAUGGGUCACUGGGCAUAGAAAACGUUACGCUCCUCUCCAUUCUGCUGCUUCAACGUCGCUGAAAUCGAGCUGUGGACAUGUUGUGACACCUAUUAUGCAACAUGAUCAAACCGUGGCACUCGGCUUGAUCAAAAAACAUGUUUGUGUCGCAAAGCUCCAAAACAGCUUUUUAAUAAAUGAAAUCAAUGGCAA